CAGCGGUAGUACUUUGGAAGUGGUUUGAGGAGCCAAAAGCCUCUCCUUAGUUUGGCAUCAGCCCUUGUCAGCCCUAUCCCCAUAUUUGACCCCACAUCAUAUUUGGUAUCUCCUCUUCUACCUCUUUCACUCUUGUAGACUUUGUGAACCAUGACUACUGGAGUGUAGAAGAAACACCAAAGUUCCCUUCCCUUCCUUCCCUUCUCUUGGGCACUGCCGCAAUCUUAUACCUCCUUCCCUGCAUACAGCGUGGUCGAUCGAUUGGACUCAGCUCGGAGGCGGCAGCGAUGAGCCAGCAAGAUGCACAGAGCUCCAUGAGGGUCACCGUCGACUCCUUCUCCGAACUCCCCUUCAUCCGUGCCUUACCGGCUGCUGAGAACACAUCCAACGGUAGUAGCGCGGCCAUCCGGCUGUUCGGCAUCGACUUCCCCACGGAUCCUGAUGCAUCAUCACAAGAUGGCUCCUUCAACGAUCCUCCCUCUACCACUGAAACCAGUAACACCCAGCAGAGCGCCGCCAACGCAAUCGCCAACACCGACAGUGGAGAGAGCGCCAAGAAGUUCGAGUGCCACUACUGCUGCCGCAAGUUCCCGACGUCGCAAGCCCUUGGCGGGCACCAGAACGCCCACAAGCGGGAGCGCCAGCACGCGAAACGAGCCCAUCUCCACUCGGCUAUGGCCAGCCAACACUACCACCAUCCCAGCUUCGUCUACGGCUACCUCAACUACCGCAAUCUGUGCUCCGCCCCCUCUACCGCCCGCUUUGACCACCCACCACCACCGAACUACCCUUCUUGGACCACCACCGCCCCUACCAUCAACCCCGCGGCUCGCUUCUACGGCGGCUUAGGUUCCUCAUCUCAGCCCGUAAACGGUAGCCCGAUCCCCGAGCCAUGGAGAAUGCCAGUGCAUGGCUGUACCGCAAGCUUCCAGGAAGACUAUCCACCCGCGCCACCUUCUUUUGGAGGGAGAGACACGAAGGAGGUGGCCGUGGAAGGAGGCGGUGGUACUAUCGGCUUCUGUUCCUCUUCCUCUUCUUCUUUGGCUUCCCAAAAGGACCAAGGUGGGCUUGAUUCAGCCUCCAAGAAUGGUUUGAGUUUGGAUUUGCGUUUGUGAUUGAUUCAUAGCAGUCCGGAUAGCAAAUAUUUCGUUGAUGAAUUGCAUGUCUCUCUUAAUCUCCAUCACAUACAACUUUUCUCUCACUCUCACAAUCAUAUUUAUUGCUUCCUCAUUUGUAGUAAAGAAACUGGAAUGUUAUCACC